CACCCAGCUCCGGGAAGGUCUGAGCGGCUCGCGGCUGCUGCCCCCCAGACCAGCUAACGGACGAAAACAAACGGCAGCGCUGCUUUAGCAUAGCUAGCCGCUCACUGUAGAAACGGGGCAGAAGGCGACACGGGUCAGUUGUACUAUCGCACGUCUGAAUGUGUGCAGAUAAGGUAGUGCGCGUUCUGCACUGACUUGAGCCUUUUAUGCAACCCGCCCUGCUCACCAGGCACGACGAUGUCCGACGCUGCUAACGCUACUUCUACAGACAACAACGGAGACUCUGGGCUGAACGGGUCCUGGGUGGAGUUGGAGAUGAACAGAGGUGCAGGUGGCUCAGCCCAGUCAUCCUCCACAGGCAGCCCUGCCUCGGCCCUUUUGCCCCUCCCUCAGGUGGAGGAAGAGGAGGCCAUGGUGGGGGGGCUGGAGCACGUCCCGUCCUCGUCCUCAAUCCACAACGGAGACAUGGAGAAGAUCCUGUUGGAUGCCCAGCACGAGUCGAGCCGCAGCAACUCCUCCUGCGACAGCCCUCCGCGGCCUCACAGUCCCCAGGAUGACGGACAGAUCAUCUUCGAUGUGGACGUGACCGGCAGAAGAGACAGCCAAUCGGAAGAAGACGUCUUGGACAAGGAGAGGGACAUGGACAUCCUAAUGAAGGAUGCAGAUUGGGUUGCUGACUGGUCUAGUCGACCGGAAAACAUUCCCCCCAAGGAGUUUCAUUUCCGUCACCCUCGACGCUCAGUAACUCUCAGCAUGAGGAAGACCGGGGCCAUGAAGAAAGGAGGCAUCUUCUCCGCCGAGUUCCUCAAAGUCUUCAUCCCUUCGCUGCUACUAUCACACAUCCUCGCUCUGGGGCUGGGAGUCUAUAUCGGAAAGAGGUUGACCACGCCACCCGCCAGCUCUUUCUGAAGCUGAAACUAAAGAAAAGUGCCUGAGAGGUGGCCGUGAGUUGUUGGAGAAAGCUUUGCUGUUGCGAGAAGAACGAACGCCCGUCUCUCCUCCCUCUGUCCCGCCUGCCCCCCGCUUCCCCUCCUUGUCCCUGAGAUAUGACAUGUUCUCAGGAGAAAUGCAUCUGCCUUUUCCUCCCCUCCUUCCCCACCAUUUUUUCUUGAUUGGCUGUUCUCUGACUAUCUGUGAAUUACCCCCCCCCCUUAUAUCCUUCACUCAUUUGUUUAAGCUUUUCAAAUAAUGAAUAAGGUCACAUUUCUCUUUCCUCAGCAGUUGUGUUCAAAUGUUUAUAACGGGUGGGUUUUCAGGGAGGGUCGCAGCAUUAAACCAAACUCUUCUGCUACACACACUGUCCCAUUUCCCUUUGAUCUGACAACAAGGGAGGACUGUCCAGUUUUUAGAACUGACCACAGAUUGUGCCACCUACACGAGUAGCCCAACACUCGACCCCGAAAGGGUUCGACCAAAAUCAGUCGGCUACGCAAACUGAAAAUGUGAUCAUGCCUUUUUGAAAGUAGCCAUUUUGUUAAUCUUCUUUAGGUAGUAUUGCCUUUUUAUUAAUUUAUUUCACGACAGCGGUGGUUUAUUGAGAAGUUGUAUUGAAAGGAGUUACCAUAGUGGCCAUCCCAAACCACAAGCGCUCAUGAAUUGCACUGGGGGAGUCUCUGGCUCUGUCUGCCAGAAGAGAGACAGAUUUAUGUGACACUUCUUCACCUUUUCUCUGACAGAAACUCGAAUUUGCGAAGUGACAAUAACUGGAAACCAGGGUGUCGGUGUGUGUUGUGCAGGCAGACAGUGUGUCCCUCUCAUUGUGUACACUAACAGUAUUUUGUGGUUGGGUCGUAGGUAACUGCGCUGCACUGUCCUGAAAGGUUCCAUCUUCUGUCCAAACUGUCUGUGUCCAUGUUGUCCUUCCAGUGAACCUCCUGGUCUUGUAAGCAACAUGUCGUAGAGCUGGUUUGGUCCUGACUUCCCUCUUUCUGCUUACUUUUACUCCAGAUUGGGCUGGAUAUUACGUAGGACUGCUGAUUGUUUCCUUUCAGGGUGGAUUUUCAGUUACCAGGAGGGAUUUGGUUCCAAAAAGCUUGAAAAUCUGAGAGCAAAGUAGGUACAUUUAUUUUGACGAUGUUUGAGUGAUUUUAUUUACAAAAGUUUAAGAUAUUUCAUUAAAAAAAAACUAGAAGUUACUUUGUUAAGCUUGAAACAGAUAAUUUAUACAAGGAAUUUUAAUUUCAAGAUAUUCGACUUGGUUUUAGAGCCUGUUAUUAUUAUUGAGGAAGAAUUGUCCAGUGGUAGCCAGCCCUGCAUCCUAACACUCCAUCAUGUUUGCCAAAAUUCAAAACAAAACAGGCAGAAAUACUUUGUCAAGCUGCUGAUGAAGGGAAGUGACUCCAGGCUUGGUCUGAGUUUGGACAGGUAGAAGGUACCUGCUGAUCUUUUUUUUUUUUUUUUUAACAUUUAUUUGUUAAGUGGCGCCUCAAAUGUGCAGCAACUUGUAACUGACUGAAGGGAGGGUUGUCUAAGCACAGGUACUUAGUUGGCAUGCCCAGUAAGGUCGCGUACUCACACAACAUGAUUGGAAAGCUUGAUAUUGACUGCACCGCAGUAUCUCUGAGGUUGGACUGCGGUUGGUUUUGUACAAGUGGACCUGCUUCAAGUGAAAAUUUGAUUUAGAAGUUCAGAUCAUCAGACACCAGAUCUGUAGAUGUUCUUGCAUGAUACGGGAUUUUAUGCAGGAGACUUGGUCCAUGCAGAACUAAUUCCUAGAGAUCUGGUUUGCGGUGAGACAGCAGAGGAUUUGUCCUAAAUUUCUCCAGCACCCUGUGAAGGAAAUAUUUUCAUUCAAGACGGAUUAAAGUUGUUAUAGUUUAUUUCUAAACAGCUCGUUGCAGAAUAGAGAACAUGUUUUGUUAGACACAACGACGCAGUGAGUUUCAGCUGUAAAGGUGAACAUUAUGUUACCUCGGAACCUGCAAUGUCAUAUUUUUGACACUGAAUGUCUAGAACGCUAUUUGUCAUCGGCAGAAAUGGACAUUGUCUUGUCUUGCUGAGCUAGAAAAGAAUAGACGAACAAAAGAAGUAGCGUGUGUGUGUGCUAAAACAAAGUCUUCAGUUCGUUGUGAGUAUCAUCAGCGCGUCGUUCAUCGAUCCUACUCUGGAAGCUAAAAAUGAGAAGGUGUCUGCGUUUCCUGCAUUUUUCCUCUGCGGCAGCUGUCUGAUGCGUUCAAGUAAAUUCUCUGUGACCCUGCAGGUUGACUCAGUGUGUGCUGUCCUCUUUCUUUAUCUUCUCAUAACAGACUUAUUAUCCCCCAGCAGUGACCACGUCAGGGUGUUGACUUUGCUCUCAUUGUCUCCAUUUCAGCCUCAGAGAUACUGCAGUUAUUUUGUACGACAUCCCUGUUUCUGCCUGUUUGUGCGUGAGCCAUUUGAAACUGUUGAUCGUUCUUUCCUGUUUUUGUUUUUCCCGAUGUUGAAGGAUUGUGAACGCACAGAGCGGGGGUCAAGACACGGAUCAUGUUUUAAAAAGUGUGAAAAUAAAACCCCUAUUGUUGAUGGCAGGGCCUGAUGUGAAUAGGAAAUGGAAGGUGUGGAAAGAGAUGUCCCUCAGAUUGCAAUGGUCUAACAGUAGCUAUUGUAAUGAUGCAUUUGCUUUAAUUUUCUUUUUCCCACUACAUUGGAAAAAUUGAUAAACAUUUUGUCAUUAAACAUUACCUGAAUGAA